UCCAGGUCAGUCGACUUUGGAGCUACACGCCGGCAUAAUAGCAACAGCUUGCCCUCCAGCUAAACAUCCCGGGGUAAUGUAUUCUUUGUUAUCAAGCUUGACAUCUACUAAUUUUAGGCUACACAGCUUUAACAACGGACCUGCAUCAGACAAGGCUAUAAAGACAUCGCGAUAAUGGCUACUAAACAUCUUCUUUCACCGUUUCGAGAACAUCGUAACCUUCACAAAGCAACCCAAGCACACAAAGACCCUACCGGGAGCCGCGAUAGGAAUUCUAAAAACAGCCAUGCGAAGACUGUCUUGGAGGCAUCCAACAGCUGGGACCCCGCGAGCGCCAACCCAGACAAUACUCUGACAGAAGAAUCUCUGUAUACCGAACAGUUCUUCUCAGACAUGGCGAAAACAAUUAUCCAUUCAUUUCCAUUCAGGAAAUUCGCGAAACAACAUGGCUGCAAAGUUGAGGACGUUUUCCAUGCAGUCCGUGCCACGGUAGUUGAACCGCUUUCCAAACCGAUUUGUGCGAAGGCUGCGAGACACGCUGCUGCCGUUAGGGUCGCCCAUGCGACCAAAGCCACCGAGUCAACAAAGAGCAAAUGCAACGCUCCCACGUCAACUUCCAAUAAAUCACCAGAGCUUCGCCGUACGGCGAAGAGGCGCAAGACAAUGGCCCCCAGCGAACGACAGCUUGUGGAGCAGGAUAUCAGUGACGAUUGCAGACCUGCAGAAGCCAAAAUAGAGGGGAGCCGUCUUUUUCAUAAGAACUGACUAUCUGGAUAUUGGGCAAGUAGGUACAUCGAUCGACUAUUCUCGCGAUGUCGAGCAACCGAUACUAAUGCCUGAUGGAUGUUUUGCUUAAUGAGCCGGGAAUGCCAUUUAUUCUGCACUUCUGGAAUGUAAAUUAGCGUGCAGUUUCCUUGGUGUGGCGCUGACAUAGAUAAUAGAUUAAUCCCAUUCAUGGUCGACAUAAUGGAAUUGACGGGCUUUAAACUAACUUGUACCUGCAUUUACCCACUCCAUGUGUUCUUCAAUUAGGAGUACU